AAGCCUGUGGUGCUAUAUUACAUGUCACUUGUCAGCAGUAAGAACACAAGAAUGGGGUUUAAUACAGUUUUGUGUGUUGCUGUGGCUGUACUUAAUCUAUCAGGCACCUUCUGUCAGAUGGUAGAUGUUUUCCCCUCAGUGUGCGGCCAAGCUCCUCUCAACACCAAAAUUGUUGGAGGGCAGGAUGCGACUGCGGGGUUUUGGCCCUGGCAAGUAAGCAUUCACGAACUCAGUACUAAUAGCCAUGUCUGCGGUGCGAGUCUCAUCAACAGCGAUUGGAUUUUGUCUGCAGCUCACUGCUUUCCUGGCUCCCACCCAUCAGACUUUGUGAUCUACUUGGGACGUCAGAGCCAGCAAGGCCCAAACCCGCAAGAGAUUUCCAGAACAGUGGUUCAACUCAUCAGACAUCCUAACUAUGACACAAAUACUGAAGACAAUGACAUAGCACUGCUUCAGCUCUCAUCUCCUGUGAAUUUCACUGAUUAUAUUCAACCAGUCUGUCUGGCUACUGCUGGCAGUGAAUUUUAUGAAGGACUUUCAUGUUGGGUGACAGGAUGGGGGGACACUUCUGGAAACGAGACAUAUCCUGACAUAUUGCAGGAGGUGGAGAUUCCAAUUGUGAGCAACUUUGCCUGCAAUAUUGCUUAUAAUGGUAGCAUCACAGACAACAUGCUGUGUGCUGGACUAUUAAACGUUGGAGGGAAAGACUCAUGUCAGGGUGAUUCUGGAGGGCCACUGGUCGUUAGGGAGGGUAGAAGAUGGAUACAGGCUGGUGUUGUAAGUUUUGGUAAAGGAUGUGCAGAUUCCAGUUUUCCUGGUGUGUACACCAGAGUGUCUCAGUAUCAGGACUGGAUCCCAAGUGUCAUCAGGAGUGUUGAUGUUCCGUUAAGUCCAACUCCCAUUUACUAUGAUUUUUUUGAUAUCUUCAGUGGAGGCUCACCCAGCCUUUCCGUAUUUCCCCUUACCCUCACAUUCUCCAUCAUCUCUCUCAUCUUCUGUCUCUUUUUUUGAAGGUUGUUUGAAUCAUAAUAAUUAUAGUUAUAUAGCGAAGAAGCAACACGUGCGUACACACUGUCAUAAGUAAUGAGGGAAGUUUUUUUUUCAUUUAUUUCUUUUUAGAUCAAUUAUUUGAAAACAAACUAGUAAUCAAAAUGUGUUGUGUAUGUGUAAUGCAGUAUGUUCCUUAAAUGAUAACAUGUAUAAAAUUGUGUUGUAUGUAUUGUAUGUGCAUAUUAGUACAUCAAAGAUACAUAUUGGUAUUGUAGUAUCACACUGAUUUCUUUUUAACGGGUACACUUCCAGUAAUGAGAUCUCAAUGCAAUCAGUCUAUACUGCAAAGUGAUUUGAUAUCAUGUACUGUUUAAAUCACUCAAUAUAUAUAAUAAAGCAAUCAUAAAUGAGUAAA